CUCUGUGUCACUUCCUGUUACAGGAGGGUGGUUUAUUUUGGAAAGUCUGUAAGAUUCCUGAGGCUGGGUGUGUGAGGGAGAUGAAGCUGCUCGGGCUGCUCUGUGUGUUUUGGAGCGUCGUCUGCUUGGCUGAGUGUGUGAGAAGAAAUGACCCGAGACGUCGGAGGCGCGAGUCAGGGUCUGUUGGGUUUUACCUGGCGAGUAACGGAUUUCGGUGUUCUCUCUGUUCCAAAGGUACGUAUUUAAAGAGUGACUGCACUUCAAAUGGAAGUGCCCCGCAGUGUGACUCCUGUGAGUCAGGAUCGUAUAUGGAUCAUGAGAGCAAUCAGAAAAACUGUGAACGCUGUAGGACGUGUGGCAACAAUGACAACAUGGUGGAAGACCGAAGAUGCACAUCGACCUCGAACACUGUUUGCCGCUGUAAGGAAGACCAUUACUGCGAUAAAGGAGACUACUGCAGAAUCUGCUAUGCCUGCAGCACGUGUGAGUUUGGGAUUAAAGAACCCUGCAGUCUCAUCAAUAACACCGUGUGCAACGAAAAACAGUCUCAAGGUAUCGCAGUUCCCAUCUUCGUCAUGAUCGCGGUAAUCGGACUAACAAUUGCACUCAUCAUGUGGGUUCUAAAGAGGAAACAGAAGUUUUGUUUCAAACCCCAUAGAAAGGACAGUACUGAGUCACUGGAGCUGUUGGGUGAUCCAGAUUUGAAAGAGUUGCUGCCGAAAAUAGCGGAAAUUCUGGGUUUCAAUGUGGUCCGGAAAGUGGUCAGGCGUCAGGGACUGCUGCCUCAGACCGUAAUAGACAAUAUAAUGGAUGAAAAUCCUCGUGACGCGAGUGAGCGGGCUUAUCAGCUGUUGACGGCUUGGUAUGAGAAACAUGGCAGGGCAGGAGCUUACAAAGUGCUGCGUGAGAACCUCCUCUCCAUCAACAUGAGGAAUACCGCGAUGGAGGUCCAUGAACUCGUCAAAGGAAAAGAAGACAAGAGAGACGUGAAUAGUAAUGGAAAUGUACCUUAGUUCUCUAAAGGGACGUUAAAGAGGAUCCAAGCGACAGCCAAGAAAAAAAAUCGAUCUUGUUUACAUCACACAAAUAUUUGCACAUUAUCGUUAAUCUGAUGGCCUCCAACAUGGACAUCCUAAAGAUCAAAGAACUUACUGUUGAUGGUUCCACAAAGAAAUGAUAAAGAAGGCUGGGGAUGUUCGUCGUGUAGCCUUAAGACUGCAAUUUGCUCUCAAGUCUCCAUCACUGAACAGAUAAUUUCAGUUUGAUCCAUCAGACUUGAAGUUAAAACUAUAAUGGAUUCAGAAAUGACACUCGUGCUCGAGUUCCUGGGCCAAAUUUGGGAACAGGAACUCAAGCACGAGUGUCAUUUCUGAAUCCAUUAUAAUUUUAACCAUCCUCAUCUGGGUUCUGUUUUGGUCUGGUUCCUCUCAAGGUUCCUUCCUCAUGUUUUCUCAAGGUGUUUUUCCUUCCCAGAGUUUUUUUUUUUUUGCGCCAAAACCUUAAUGUUUUGCUUGUAGAUCUUUACAAACUAUUGAUUUUUCAUGUUUUAGUUUUGUAGUUAAGUUGUAAUAAUAGAGGUUUUGGGUUUUUUUUUUUCUUCCAACCAUUAACCAAGGGGGCGUUUUUUUUGUUGUUUGUUUUUUUUAAUAUAUACAACAAGGGGUAAUUAUAUUAUAUGGGCAGCAUAGUGGUUAGUGCUGUCUCCUCACAGCAAGAAGGUCCGGGUUCGAGCCCCGUGGCCGGCGAGGGCCUUUCUGUGUGGAGUUUGCAUGUUCUCCCCGUGUCUGCAUGGGUUUCCUCCAGGUGCUCCAGUUUCCCCCGCAGUCCAAAGACAUGCAGGUUAGAUUAACAUGGGGUGGCCUUGGGCUGAGGUGCCCUUGAGCAAUGUACUUGAGCCCUGACUGCUCCCUGGGCUUUGUAGUAUAGCUGCCCACUGCUCUGGGUGUGUAUGUGUUCACUGCUUCAGAUGGGUUAAAUGCAGAGGAUGACUCUCACUGUGCUUGAAGUGUGCAUGUGACAAAUAGGUUGUAGGUUUAAAAAAGAGGGGAAAAUAAUUUGAGAAAAAGAAAUGAGAAUUGGGGCGGCACGGUGGUGUAGUGGUUAGCGCUGUCACCUCACAGCAAGAAAGUCCGGGUUCGAGCCCCGUGGCCGGCGAGGGCCUUUCUGUGUGGAGUUUGCAUGUUCUCCCCGUGUCCGCGUGGGUUUCCUCCGGGUGCUCCGG